AUGUUUAAAUCGGCUUCCAACAAAGGUAGCAUUGAGGUAAGAAACGUGCAGCUCCAAGAUUCGUUCUGUUCGUUAUGUGGGGACAAUGAAGAAACGACGGACCAUAUUCUUACUGGAUGCGGUUUAGCGGCUGGAGUGUGGGCUGCCAUCUCGGUUUGGUGUAGGGUGCCAAACAUAUUUGCCUUUUCGACAAAGGACCUUGUCUCUGCACAAGCUCAGCAAGGUUGGCCGGAGAAUAAGAAGAUCAUUGUUCAAGGUAUUAUUACGAUUGCCGCGUGGAGAGUGUGGAAAGCGAGGAAUGAGAAGACAUUUUCGAAUAAGGUUCCUAAAGUGGCGGAUAUUAUCUCGGACAUUAAGACGUUGGGUUUUUUAUGGUUUAAGAAUAGGGCGAAAUGGGGUUCGGUGGAUGGGGAUAAAUGGUGUAAAUUUGACAUUAUGUAA